AUGAAUCUGGUAGACGCAGCCGAUAUGAAUCCAAAAGAAAAACGAGCAGCACCUGGAUGUCAAGUCCCUGAAGAAAUCGUAGUGGAGAUUCUUUCUAGACUGCCGGUAAAAUCACUCUGCCGAUUCAAGUGCGUGUGCAAGGUGUGGUACAACCUAAUCUCCGAUACUCGUUUUGUGAAGAUGCAACUAAAUCAAUCUAUUAAGUCCAGGAGAGGGAGAUGUGUCCUGCAUGAAAGUAUGCCAUUUCAUCAUCGGUUCCAGUUGGAUUACGAAUCGUUGUUUAGUGGACACGAAGUGAAGCUUGUGGAGGAGGACCCAUUGUUCUGCCUGAAAACCAUCGAUCGUUUCCAGAUACAGGUAUGGGGUUCAUGCAAUGGCUUGUUGUGUACUUAUGUUUUUCCAGGAACCGUAGUUUUGGUUAAUCCAUCAACCAGACAAACCAAAACAAUUCUUUCCAUACAUUGUCCCGAAAAUAAGCCUAAACCAUUGUUUGGUGGGUUUCUAAUAUUUGAUGGGUUUGGGUUCGGAUACGAUGCCUUGCACGAUGAUUAUAAGGUAGUAUUGAUAAGUAACCGUAACAUUUUUGACGUUUACUCUUUAAAAUCCUCUGCAUGGAGACGCAUUGGGUAUUUAUGUCGUGAUGAGACAACAAGAAUGAAACGGGAUAGUGUACACAUUAAUGGAGGUAUCUAUUGGAUUACUUAUUUUGAGUCGGAACCAACUCUGAGCAUCACUGCUUUUUACCUAUCAAAACAAGAAUUCACGAAGAUCUCCACACCAGUUUCCCAAGCUGAUUAUCCAUGUGUUAAGUUGCAUUCAAUGGGAGGAAAUCUUUGUAUUGGAAAACAUCUACCACCAUUGUAUGAAUUUUGGGUCAUUAAAAUCUAUGGCAAGAAAUAUUCGUGGGAAAAGACCGUUUCGACGUUCCCUUGUCAAAGCUCGCCCACCCUGCUCGAUUUUCCGAAGAGCGAAGAAGCUUUGAUCAUAAGCGACGGGGGUUUGCUCAUAUAUAAUAACCGUGACAAGACUCAAAGAAGGGUGAAUUUUAAACAAAUUUCGACUUAUGUUAUUUUUGGUUUUUCAUAUGUGGAGAGCUUAGUUUCUCUUUAG